GGAAUUCUCACAGUAUAUCUUACUUGGGUGAGCUGACUCUGACUGGUUGUCGACUGACAAUCACCUAUCUUCCCUCUUGCUUUCUUCUUUCCUCCUCCUUCCCCUCUCUUCACAGUUGGCAAUCUCUUCUCUUCUUUUGAUCAAUUGCCGCCGUUUGUACUUCAUCGUGUUAUUGUACCCACUUUCUAUAAUACGUGCUCCCUUGUACAUGAAAUCAAACAGUGCUGCGUCCACAAAUCCGAAAAAUAGCCCUAAUCCGCCGUGUUCACAUCAAUCUAACACAAGAACGUCUAAAAUAGGAUGGAGAUGGAGAGGAGCUCAGUCAUUCAUCAGCAUCACUAAUUGUCAUCGCAACUUCACCAAAUUGGAUCGACUCAAUUCAUUUCCUGUUUUGAGUUGGUACUCCCCUCUCUCCCUCCUGGAAAAAGAACUCACCCUAUCGUACUACCGUGCGCCGGGAAUUGAGACAAACAGCCUUUCGAUUGUCUUGGCUUUGGCCAGUAUCUUACCCUUCAUCAUAAUCAUAAUUUGGAAAGGCGAGAAAGGCGAAGGUAUCCGAGAUUCCAACUCUAUUCCAGCUCUAUUACACACGUACCUACCUCCAGAGAGAGUAAGAAUGUCAUGACCUAGCGAAGUAUUUAAGAUUUACACUACCGAACACUCAUAGGGACGGACCUACAGACGACUCGAAUCCUUUCCCCCUAACACUUUGAUCCCCGUCUACUCUCUCCUCUCUACUCUCUACUCUCUACUCGAGGAAAGACUUUGGUCUGCUCCGGUCUGCUUUUCUCUACCUGAUAUACUUUAUUCCUACUCGUUUCCCAAAACGCAGAAGGCUUUAUGGUCCUUGCCUCGAGGAGUUUAUUCAUCCAUCAUCCAUCCUCUUUCAGUCCUCGUCCCCUGUUUCCGAAUGCUCCACCUCGUUCUUUCACUCUACGAAGUAUCACAAGUCCCACCUUUUACCCUCACUGAACCCAUACACCCACCCAUACCACAAUCCAUUCUGUUUAACCCAUAAGGAUACGGAUACCUGGGUGCUUGAAAUCCGCCUAUCAACUUCAAUUCUUGGUUGGCUCCCUCCGCUCUCAUCCGUCCAGCAUCACCGUUCCCACUCCCACUCCCCGAAUGAAAUCCUAGUUCCCCAGCCCUAUUGUUUGUCAUUCGUAUUCUUAAGGCUUAUGAGCUUAUGAGAGAGGGAAGAGAGAGGACCGGACUGAACAGCGUUCUGUGGACGAUAGUAGGAUUCAAAGCUUGUACUGUACAUAUUCAGCCCUUCCGCUAAAGAUUGGCCGAAACAUCCCUCUCCGUACUUCUUCGUUCUUUCAUAACCACAGACGUUCGCCCCGUCAUCCCAUUUUAUGAAGGGUUCGCAAAACAACGUCAACUUCGCGAACUCUUCGAGCCUCCCUCGGUGGCAUUUGGUCCUAUUGAAGAAAAUACAUAUCAUUGGAACCGGACGUUGUGACCCGGAACCUCUUUUUUUGUAACUAAAAUACUCUUCGAAAAAAAAUAUCCAUGUUGCGACUUCCUUCCUUCUCCACUCUCAACCUUUCCCUCCCAAGCAAAACGGCACGUCCGACUUAGCGACUUCUAGACGAAGACGAGGUCAGCUCAUGUGGUUAGGAGGACUACAAUAUUCAUCCACUUAAUCUUCACAGCCUGUGGCUUAACUUACACAAUGGACAUUCCUAUGCGUGGCCAAAAGCCGAGCUUCAGCACACCCUUACCAGAAAUCCACGUACAAGACUCACACCACCCCGAUCGAUAUACCGAUAGAUACUCAGAUCAACACAAAUACCAUUCUUCCAACUCUUCAAGGGCUGCGCCUGGACCAAUGUCUAUACCUCACGCGAGAGAGUCUCCUCCUCCUCCUCUACCACCACCUAAAUACGUUCCCGAUACAGAUAACGGGGGAGAUCUUGGGUGGCAUUUCGCAAAUCAAAACCGGGAACCCGAUUGGGCAAGAAAUAUCCCAUCGGUUCCCGCCGGCUCGAGUUUGUAUGGGAGCUACAGUCGCAGUAGCAUAUCAGAUGAGCGACCGGACAUUGGACGUCGAGGAAGCUCCAACGCCACUAUCACUGUUCAUCCGUCGAAAGAUGCGAGCAGCCAUGCAAUUGCACUGCCAAAAGACGAAGGCUAUUCGAGCCUUUCUGCUUCCAACGCAAGCAUUGGGUCGACACAAUCAAGAACCUCAAUAGGCUUUCAAAGUUCUGUCCACGAUACAUAUCAAACUAGUGCUCAAGCAUACGACAAAUCAUUAUUACAAAAGUUGGGUAGUAGAGGAGAUAAUUUCACGCCAUCAAGACUAUUUGUAAAUUCUCCGUUCAGCUCAUCUGUAAACGAUGCAUCACCAACCUCUAGGAUAGCGCGAGAGCAUGGACAUCCCACACUCAAGCCACUCUCUCUGCCAAUUCAUACACACAAACCAACGCUUGCAGAGAGUCCCAUAAAUCGAUGGGCAGACUCACCUUUGUCUUCUGGCAUCUCACCAGGCAAUCCGUAUCCCAGGCUUAGCAAUUUGAAUACAUUUGACUUUAGGUCACCAACCGAUAUGAUAGACAAUGAAAGGUCACCACAUCCGUACAACAUGAGGUCAGGGAGCAUAGCCGACGAUGCAUCAAGUAUCGCUAGCCAAUCUAGGGAUAGCUUCCAGAUGCCUUCUCCAGAAUAUGAAGAAGGCUUUCAUAUGGAAGAAACGGGUUUGAGGCGACUACAGAUAGGAGAAGAGUAUCAUGGUCGGAGUGAAGGCUACUCUCCCUGCUCUACUACAGCCGGACAAAAACGACGCGCAUCUUCUCCUCCCAGGGAUGAUAGUCUACAUCUACUACGCACGGUAGGCAGUGCAAGUGAUCUUGCUCGACGUCGCGAGUCUGGCUCACGCUCAACACCAAGCCCGCGCUUUCAUUCGAGCUCUACGUCUAUAUCAUCUACUACUUCCUUGCCUAGGAACUCGUUCUCAUCCACAUUAUCAGUGACUGCCAGUAGCGCGACCAGCAUGGGUUCGUACAGCAGGCUGUCUCCUGGAGGCCUCUCACCUGCACCCAUGGAUAUCAACACCGACAUGUCAUAUAACGGUUCAAUGUCCCUAAAUCCCAGCCCAAGAGGUUCAAUUUCGGCUAGAACCACCCAUCAUCGAGCUUUAUCUGAAAGUCGACCUCUAACUAAUGCGCGAAAGAUGCCAGAGGUAUUAGGACACGUGAAACACAACAGUGCCCCUAGUAGACAAGGCGGUUUCAUUUGUGAAUGCUGUCCGAAGAAACCCAAGAAAUUUGACACUCAGGAAGAUCUCAACACGCAUGAACAAGAGAAGCAGUACGAGUGCUUAUACUGCCGAAAUCGUUUCAAGAAUAAGAAUGAGGCUGAAAGGCAUCAGAAUUCUUUGCAUCUCCGUCGUUAUUCUUGGUCGUGUGCUGCUCUCCUAGAUUGGGCGCAUGCUUUCCAUCCUUCUCCUUCGCGGCCCAGCGAUGCGGAUACUUGUGGAUACUGCGGUGAAGAUUUCCCAAGGACUGGAGUUGCGAAUCACGAGGGAUCUCCGAUGCCUGUGGCGACUGGCGAGGAUUGGGAUGUCAGGGGUGCCCAUUUACAAGACAUGCACAAGUUUGGAGAAUGUAACCAUGCUAAGAAAUUUUUCCGCGCGGAUCAUUUCCGUCAGCAUCUUAAACAUAGUCAUGCUGGUACAAGUGGAAAAUGGACGAAUAUGCUUGAGAACGCUUGUAUGAUAGACGAGCCACCUCCAGAGCCACUCAGAGGGCCCGAAAGGGUCAGUCCUGGUGGAGUGAGAGUAGGCAGAAUCACCGAAGAAGACGAAGUGCUAUAAAUUAAAACGGCUUUCAAAUCAAUGGCCAGUGGAAGUCACCUUGAAAUGCCAGAUAAAUACAAUUCUCUCAUGGUAUUUCACAAAAACAGUUCACAUAUGGACUUUCUCACAAUGGAAAUUCCGAACAACCGAAACAAUGAUCAUGAAUUGGGGAGGUAACUUAGGGUCAGCCAUCUAUACUAAGGAGUUAUUUUUGGUGCAUUGCUUACAGUACAUUGCAUAUCUUUUUUCUUGCAUGACAAGGAUACACAUACAUCUGGAUCUGUUUGGCGUUUUGGUUGUCUAAACUUUUUCUUUCCAAUUUGAGAGUUAGUGCCAACCCUCUAUAAUCAGCGAAUAUUCAAGAAACAGACUUGUCAGGCUUAAUUCCCGUUAUCUUCGGGUAGAUGACUCGGGCGCAAACGGGACGCGAAGAGCAAGUGAAAUGGGUUUUCACUCGGGCUCCGUCAUCCAUGUCAGUUCAGAACAACGAGAAGCAUUUAUUUUGGGUCUGCUAUCUAUGAGGAGGGAUGAUUGCCGAGACGCGAGAGAGGCAGGAAAGGGGAAAUACAAUGGGCACCUAAUGGGCAAGAGUUACGCAGGGUUGUACUUACGUAUGAAAUAAGACAAAAACAAAAUUUCAGUAAUGCAACUAGAGAAGAUAAAAGGACGCUGUGGUAUAGCGAAUGUGGAGUUACUAUACGUCUAUUCAAGCCUACCUUACCAUCACGCGUGCACUAAAGAGUUGAUCUUGCUUGGUCUAGUCACUAAUGAUGAAAUAAAACAACAACGUUAUCA